GCAGGAGAAGAGGGAGGCGUAGAGGACGUUUCUUCAAAAGAAGCCUACAGAGAAGCGGGGACAAGAGACGGGCUCGGGGCGGGAGGCUCAGGGCGGCCAGUGCCGGCAAAGGAAGUGCCCGGGGCCUCUUCGCCGCCCUCCCCUUCCUCUCCCUCUCCCUCGUUGCCGACCUCCGCAGAUUCCUUUAGCGAUGGCGACGAGAGCAACAGUCAUGGGAGCGAGGCGCCGGGGGAGGGCGUGGGCCGCGCAUCCGCCUCGGUCAAGCUCCUGAUCGCCAAGGCGGCGGGCGGGCUCGUGAUUGGCCGUGCCGGGAGCACCAUCAAAGCGCUCAACGAGGAGACCGGGACUCGCAUCCAGCUUGCGGCAAAGGACGAGGCCAGCGGGAUGGUCACAGGCGAGAGGGUCGUGACCAUUGCGGGGGCCCUCCCAGGCGUUCUGCGAGGGGUGGCCCGCCUCUUGGAGAAACUGAACGAGGAGCCCGAGCUCGCGCGCUACCAGAACAUGACCACCUCCUACUCCCGCACUGGGGCAGCCGUCCACUCCAUGCAUCCCGCCUUCGACCUCCCCACCUACCAGACCCAGUCGUUCGCAGACACCCAGAUGCUCUUCUCCCCCCAAGGCCCGGCCAGCACCCGUGGGCACGCCCUCAACUUGAGCCUGAGUGGGAGCGAGGGCCAGCGAGGCCACCUGUCUCGGUCCCAGGGGCUGGGGCAUAGUCAAGCCAGGCAGAGCCAGC